UUAUUUUUGUCCCCUUCAAUUCUCUGUUUGGCUCUAAUACGUUUCAUAUCACGCUUUAGAAAAAGAAAAAAAAAAAACCCUACUGUGAUAUGAUUGGCUGCGAACUUUACUCUUUAAUUUGUUCAGCUAAUCCUUCAUUGUGGAUUUCUGGUCUUUCCAUCACCAAGCAUUGUAAAAAACAAUAGAAUUGGCUUUGCACGAAUUAGGUUUUGAUGUUGACUGUUUUGUGAGGGGACGGGCACUCUGUAACCUGACAUAUUUGACUUCUCAUUGGCUUUAAAACUCAUACUAACAGAUCGAUAAAGAGAUCUCUUUAUUGUAAAGAUGACCUUAUCUGGAUUGACAUUGACUGGUACCCCAUCACGAUACUGCGUCCACCUACCUUCAAAAAGCGGUGGCUCAUGUUUUACGCGAGUUUCAUUUUUUCCCAAUAACGGGAAAUCAAGACAGCUAACACAUCUGCAAAGAAAUGACUGGGCCGGUUCUAUUCAGAGAUGUAGUGUACGAAAAGCCCCCAUGUUUUACCGUGCAAUGAAUGCGACGUUUGGUGAUAGCGCAGAUGACUAUGCUAUAUUUCCAAGAAUCAAUAUAAGGGACCCUUAUAAACGACUUGGAAUAAGUAGGGAAGCUUCGGAAGAAGAAAUCCAAGCUGCUAGGAAUUUCCUAAUACAAAGAUAUGGAGGGCACAAGCCGAGUGUGGAUGCAAUUGAAUCAGCUCAUGACAAAGUAAUCAUGCAAAAGUUUUAUGAACGAAGAAACCCAAAAAUCGAUAUCAAGAAACACGUUAGGGCAGUUAAUCAAUCCCCUAUCGUACAAGCAGUCCGAAGCAGCUUCAGAACUCCGUCUACAAGUUUCAUAAUAAAAACUUUUGCGGCUUUUGCAAUACUUGGAGCUCUCACUGUUCUAUUCCCAACGGAAGAUGGUCCAACUGUUCAGGUUGCUAUGUCCCUUAUGGCUACCAUUUACUUUAUGCAUGAUCAGCUCAAAAGCGUAUGGCGUGCUCUAUUUUAUGGGGCUGGAGCUUUUCUUUUCUCAUGGCUGUUCGGAACCUUCUUGAUGGUGUCUGUGAUUCCUCCUAUACUGAAAGGACCACGGAGUUUGGAAGUUAGUUCUUCAUUGAUAACCUACGUGCUUCUAUGGGUUUCUUCUACUUAUUUGAAAUUGUGCUAGCUCUCUUAGAACUUCAUACAGAGUUGUGGUCGGAAUGCAGAGUAUGCUUGUAAAGGUUGUCUUCUAAGUUUUCUGAGCGAGGAUAUGAGAUUAUGAUGGCUUUGUUUUGAGUAGAACAAGAUUUUUGUGUUGCUACCAGAUUUUGGGUUUGACAGUAUAGAUAUAGUUCAUGUAUUGUCAUUAUUCAUUUAACAUCAUUUUUUUAUUCAGUUAGACAAUGGUUCAGCUAAA